AACUCCCCAUCUUUGGGAAGCAGCUGACAGUCACAACUCACAACUCUGCAACCGCUGCCAAAAGCUUAGAAAAAACGCAUUCGCCGACUAACACAGACAUAUGGCUACCAAAAACCCUUCUUUCAAGAUAAUUCUCGGUUCUUCAUCAAAAGCUCGCAAACAGAUUCUUACUGAAAUGGGAUAUGAAUUUACAAUAAUGACUGCAGAUAUUGAUGAACAAAGUAUUAGGAGAGAAAAGCCUGAAGAUUUAGUAGUUACAUUAGCUGAAGCUAAGGCUGAUGCUAUUGUGCAAAGGCUCCUUGCUGAUGGUCCAUUGGAGGCAGAUGCUUCUACAACACUGUUAAUCACUGCAGACACUGUUGUUGUAUAUCGAGGAACAAUCAGGGAAAAACCAACUAGUGAAAAAGAAGCACGGGAAUUCGUCAAAGGAUAUUCUGGUAGUCAUGCAGCUGUGGUAGGAUCUGUUGUGGUGACUAAUCUUGUGACCGGAAAACGUUAUGGGGGAUGGGAGAGUGCAGAGGUUUAUUUCCUUGAAAUACCAGACGAGGUCAUUGAUAAUCUGAUUGAUGACGGAGUUACAUUCAACGUUGCUGGGGGUUUGAUGCUGGAACAUCCGUUGACAUUACCCUUUGUGGAUGCGGUGGUUGGAUCAACCGAUACCGUGAUGGGACUUUCCAAAGCUCUUACAGAGAAACUCAUAAUGGAAGCUCUAUAGCUGCUGCAGUUGUACAAUUAUAUUCUGAUUGAUACCAUGUGCUGGCCGACUGUAAUAUUACCUCAAUGAUAUUCAAAUGCUUUUUUAUAUUACACCAAUUUGUAGUACAUAUGAUACGAGGAUCCGUGAGACCUUGAUGAAUUUUGUUUUAUCACAAGCUAUCAGCUUGUACACUUUUAUGCUUC